AUGCCACCUUCGGGUCGCAUACCACCUCUUCUCCAACCUUACAUCCAACUCCCUCGCGACAAUUCACUUAUCCUGCUCACGAGCACUCUCGGAGCCAGCGCAAACUGGCUACUACUACGGUUCCUGUGUGAUGCGCUGAGCACAGUCACAGCCCAAGAUGGCGGGGAGGAGGGGCACAACGUAGUGUUGGUUUCUUGGAUGAGACAGUAUGAUUUCUGGAAACAAGAAUCUAGAAAGAGCGCAGGUCUAGAUCUGGAGAGAAUCAGGAAAGAGGGGAGAUUCGCCUUCGUUGAUGGGUUGGGGGCUGGUGCAGAUGCGCCUGGCGGUAGCAUGUCCGGAACAGAUGCGCGGGCCAAUGGACAGGCAAAACCACUGGUCGCGGGGUCGAAUAGAAUUCAGGUGCAGAGAGGGCCACAGACAUUACCUGUACGAAGUCCUCCCGGGGGGAUAGUGCCUGCAAGAGGACCACCGGUAGCAGCAGCGGCCGCGCCUACACCAGAGACGAUCGAUGCAGGUAGCAGUACCCCCGGCCACUACGCAUUGAAGACACUCGACCUCUCAGAAAUCAGAACGACCAUUUCCAGUGCUGUCUCUGCGCUCAAUCCCUCGUCGGUGCAGCGAAAGACGCUCCUCAUCUUCGAUAAUCCAGAUCUCCUCCUCGCCCUCAACCCCUCCAUUACACCCUCGGACUUUACUUCGCUUGCCCUGACUCUUCACACAAUACCAACUGUGUCACAUGUUCUAACCCAUAUACAAUCCGAUAAUCCGCUUCUCAGCCUUUCCACACCACCCCAACCACUUGAGCUUGCGCAUCACAACCUGCUGGUCAAGUUUGCUCACAUGAGCAGAAGGAUACUGGGUGUGAGAAUCCUGGACACUGGGGUUGCAAGAGACGUGAGCGGUGUCAUUCGGAUCACCGAACAGAAGCAUGAGUGGCUAGACUUGGAACUCAACGAAAAUGAACCCAAAGAAGGUGAUGAAAACGGGCGAGGAAAAGAGUUCCUUUACCAAGUUAAAGGCGAUGGUAGUGUGAGGGUCUUCGAGCGGGGUGCUGGUGGAGAGGCUUGA